UCGAUUUUUGAUUUCUGUUCGUGUAACUGCUUUAUCCGAUUGUGCAUCUUUUAGUGAUUAGUUCUCGGUCCCGUAAAAUUCAACAGCGCUCAAGUCUCGUUCUUUCUAAUUGAUGCAAAAUGGGUCGAGUCCGCACAAAGACCGUCAAAAAGGCUUCUAGAGUUAUUAUUGAAAAGUAUUACACUCGGCUCACUCAUGAUUUCCACACUAAUAAAAGAAUUUGUGAGGAAAUUGCAAUUAUUCCAAGCAAAAAGCUUCGAAAUAAAAUAGCAGGGUUUAUAACUCAUUUGAUGAAACGUAUAGAGCUUGGGCCUGUUCGUGGGAUUUCUAUUAAACUCCAAGAAGAAGAAAGAGAACGUCGUGAUAACUAUGUUCCUGAGGUCUCUGCUUUGGAGCAAGAAGUAAUAGAAGUUGAUCCAUAUACAAAAGAAAUGCUUAAAGUUCUUGAUUUUGCAGAUAUUCCUAAUUUACAAGUCACUCAACCGAUCACUGCUCCCGGUCUUCGUCCUGCUCAGAAGUAAUUUUUUGGAUGGAAAAAAAAUUUUUAAAGUUA